AUGAUAGAGGGAGGUCUAACAAGAGGGAUUCUUAAGGACUCAAGGCAAAAGAAGAACAGUCGCAGUAGAUCUAAAGGCAAGAAGGUUACAUGUUGGUACUGCAAAAAGGAAGGCCACGUGAAGAAGUAUUGUUUCCUCCGGAAGAAGCGUAUGGAGAGUGAUGAUGACGCUGAAGCAGCUGUGGCUAUGGACGCUCUCAACGUUCAAGUGGAUGACUCAAAGGAAAGUUGGGUUAUAGACUCAGACUGCACACAUCACAUGACGUUUCGGAGAGAUUGGUUUGUGGAUUUCUCGGAGGAAGGCUCUAGCAAGAUUCUGCUUGGAGACUAUCAUACUGUAGAGACACUUGGCAUUGGGUCUAUCCGAGUAAAUACUCACAGAGGUUCGGUAAAGGUAAUGCACAAUGUAAAAUAUGUUCCUACACUUCGUAGAAAUCUAAUCUCUACAGGUACACUGGACAAAUUGGGAUUCAAACAUUCUGGUGGAGGCGGAGAGAUCAUCUUUCGAAAGGGAGAAAAAUUUGCAUUAAAGGGAGUGUUGAAAGGAGGCUUGUACAUUCUCGAUGGUGAGACCAUCACAGAUGAAGUGUGCCAAGCCGAGACACCUUCCACCACGAUCACACACCCCUCUGGCACAACCAUCUCGGUCACAUGA